AUGGCGUGGGCACUGCUGCGCCGCCUGUCACCCCUCAAGCGGCUCCGCGCGUACGUCCGCGGCACAGACCAGCGCGAGGUGCAGCGGCAGGCCGACCUCCACCGCCUCUUCCUCUACACCAGCCUCUGGCAGGAGCUCCAGGCCAGCCGUGUACGCGGCACCGGGAAUCUAACAGCAUUUGCUCAACAAGUAGUUGAGAAGGCGCGAGUGUCUCAGCUGCUGCGCCAGAGGAUCGGCUACAGCCUGGCCGUGCGGCCGUCCUCUAUAGAUCACGAGGAGGCAGGACUGGGACUGUUCCUGGAGGGCAGCUGCCCACCAGGUGCCCUGGUGGCGCUCUUCCCCGGCCUGGUGUACUCCAGGGCCGAUUAUCGCCGGAUGGCGGGCUAUCCAAAAGUAGACAAGGGCAAUCCCUAUCUGGUCGCCGCGUUUACUGGGCAUGUGGUGGACAGCCUGCCGUGGGGCAGGGGCUGGAUGGCGCCGCAGCCGGACCCACCAAGGCGCCCCAAGGCGCCCUCGUACCUCGGAAAGGGCGCCGGUGGCGGCAGCGACGAGCAGCCGCCGCCGCCGCCGCAGCAGCAGCAGCAGCAGCAGCAGCAGCAGCAGCAGCAGCAGCAGCAGCAGGAGCAGCGGCAACAGGCGCAGCAGCAGAAGCCGCUCGAGCCGCCCCCAAAGAAAGGUUAUGUGCGCGCGAUGAUUGAUGCGUCCGACGGCCCCCGCCGCCCGCCGCCGCCGACUGAGUGGGUGCGGGCCACCACUUACGAGGCGGCCGCGCUUGAGACGCUGGAGGGGCGCCACCCGCUUGCGCUGGCGCAGUUCGCAAACCACGCAACGCGCAGGCUGCCGCCAAACGCGAUGGUCGCGCCGGUGCGCUUCCGCCUGCGGCGGCGCCGCGACGGCAGCGCUAACGGCGACGGCGACGGCGGGAGCGCAGCGGCGGCGAGCGACACGAGCCAGCAGCAGGAGCAGCAGCAGCAGCAGCAGCAGCAGCAGCAGCAGCAGCAGCAGCGAGAGCGAGAGCAGGGGAGCGAUGAGGGCGAGGAUGAGCCGGCGUGGCUGCGCGCGUAUGUGCCAUUCAUUCCAUACACUAAGGAGCCGACGCCGCAGCACUUGCUGGACGAGGAGGUGGUGGGGAUGGGGCUGGUGGCGCUCGCACCCAUCAAAGACGGCAACGAGGUCGUCUUCAACUACAGGCUGAGCCCGGGCCUGGGGCGGCCGGGGUGGUACAUCCCGCUUGACGAGGAGGAGGAGGACAGGCGCUGGGCGUGA